UCAACACACCAUCACCAAGUUGAGGAAGGGUAGAGUCCACUGAAGUGCCGCUUUAGGAGUUAAUUACACGGUGUUUCCAGGCUGGAUGGUGUCCUGAUUCCUGCUUAAUCCGCCUCUAUUUAGGAUGCUGAGUUUGUGACAUCCCAUUGCUAUUUUAAGGAAGUUUUGGGCACGUUACGAAAUGCCACCCAAACCCUUUCAGCCUCGGUGGUGCUGCGCCUGGCCGGGAGACCUGCAAAAGUAAUAAAGGAGAUGGAAAAACCUCCAGAAAUCUUUUGGGCCCAGUGUGUGUGCCAUAAAUAAAGCGCUGUGGUGGAGUUGGGUUCGUUACAAGCUCCCUUAAUGAUUCCAGAGCCCCCGCUGCCGCUCGGAUGCAGCCAGCUGUGAUGCCUUUCAAGGUUAGGCUCCGACUUGUGCUUUAUUAGCUUUUCGGUUUAUGUUCUUCCACUUGUGCUGUUUAUCAAGUGAAACCAGAUAAUGGUUCGGCUAAACCCGAGGUCCUUCAAUACGGGCUUUAGCUUGGAACCGUGCAGGAGUGUGUAAUGAAGGCUCUGCGUAAGGCAGAUGUUGGGAUUUGCUCUCUGGUUGGGGCAGGUUGCAGAAGGGAGAGCAGCUCGGGUCCUGUGCUGCUGCCUGGAGGAAGUGCCAUUUCUGCUCUUGAUCCUUCAGUGAUUCCGCGUGUCAGGAGCUGAGCCUUGAGAUUCUGAGCAGGCAGGGCUGAGUAAGAGGAUUUCUGCGGAUAGAGGGAGGAAUUCAGCUCCAGUGGCUGCUGCACAUCCUGAAGCGCGUCGAUUCUUUUUUCCCAUUUCCCCCCCACCUCCACAUCUCCCCUGUAGGAAAUCAGAGGAGGAAAUCACUUGAAAUCACCAAGCCCUCAAUUUUGGAAGUCGCAAAUACCCGAGCUGUGUUAGAACUUGGAGAAUUGCCUUUGCUUAAGGUAUGGUGUGAAUAUGCGUUGCUUGGCAGCUCGGGUCAACUACAAGACUCUGAUCAUCAUCUGUGCUCUCUUCACACUGGUCACUGUGCUGCUGUGGAACAGAUGCUCCUCGGAUGGGGCCGGCCCAUUCCCCCGCAGCCCGGGUGGCCCCGAGCGCCGCGCAGCAGCUGCCAGCAAUGGCCCCGCACGGGAUGUGGCCAAGCAGAGCGAGGAAGCAUCACCCCAAGAGCAGCAGAAGGCUCCUCCCAUCGUGGGAGGCUUCAACAAAGCCCCAGGGCUGAAGUAUGAGGAGAUAGACUGUCUGAUCAACGACGAGCACACCAUCAAAGGGAGGAGGGAAGGCAGCGAGGUCUUCCUGCCGUUCAGCUGGGUAGAGAAAUACUUUGAGGUUUAUGGGAAAAUUGCUCAGUACGAUGGUUAUGACAGGUUUGAAUUCUCUCAUAGCUACUCCAAAGUAUACACACAGAGAGCACCUUACCACCCGGAUGGGGUCUUUAUGUCCUUCGAGGGCUACAACGUAGAGGUUCGAGACAGAGUGAAGUGCAUAAGUGGUGUUGAAGGUGUGCCCUUAUCCACCCAGUGGGGCCCUCAGGGCUACUUCUAUCCCAUCCAGAUCGCACAGUACGGGUUGAGUCACUACAGCAAAAACCUGACCGAGAAGCCGCCGCACAUCGAGGUGUACGAAACGGCCGAGGAGAAGGACAGGGGCAGCAGGGCUGCCGAGUGGGCCGUGCCCAAGGGCUGCUCCCUUUCCACAGUGCCCGAUAAAGCCAAGUUCACCAGUGUUAAACAUUUUGUUGCUCCAGAGAACACCGAGGGGGUUUCCCUGCAACUCGGGAACACCAGAGAUUUCAUUAUUUCUUUCGAUCUCAAGUUUGUAACCAACGGGAGCAUUUCUGUGGUGCUGGAGACCACGGAGAAGAACCAGCUCUUCACCGUGCACUACGUGUCCAACACGCAGCUCAUCGCCUUCAGGGAGCGCGACAUCUACUACGGCAUCGGGGCCCGCACCAGCUGGAGCACCGUCACACGGGACCUGGUGACCGACCUGCGCAAGGGUGUGGGGCUGUCCAACACAAAGGCCGUCAAGCAGACCAAAAUAAUGCCUAAGAAGGUGGUGAGGUUGAUUGCAAAGGGGAGGGGAUUCCUUGACAAUGUCACCAUAUCGGCCACCGCGCACAUGGCGGCUUUCUUUGCGGCGAGCAACUGGUUGGUGAGGAACCAGGACGAGCGGGGCGGCUGGCCCAUCAUGGUGACCAGGAAGCUGGGGGAAGGCUUCAAGUCCUUGGACCCUGGCUGGUACUCAGCCAUGGCGCAGGGCCAGGCCAUCUCCACGCUGGUGCGGGCCUACCUGCUGACCAAGGAGCACACCUUCCUCAGCGCUGCGCUGCGGGCCACGGCUCCCUACAAGCUGCCAUCAGAGCAGCACGGGGUGAAGGCUGUGUUCAUGAACAGACACGACUGGUACGAGGAGUACCCCACCUCGCCCAGCUCCUUUGUGCUCAAUGGCUUCAUGUACUCGCUCAUUGGGCUUUACGACCUGAAGGAGACUGCAGGGGAGAAGCUGGGCAAGGAGGCACGGCUGCUGUAUGAGCGUGGUAUGGAGUCCCUGAAGGCCAUGCUGCCCCUCUAUGACACAGGCUCUGGGACCAUCUAUGACCUGCGGCACUUCAUGCUGGGCACUGCUCCCAACCUGGCGCGUUGGGACUACCACACCACCCACAUCAACCAGCUCCAGCUGCUCAGCACCAUCGACGAGGCCCCGAUUUUCAAAGAGUUUGUCAGGAGGUGGAAGAGCUACCUGCGGGGAGGCAGGGCAAAGCACAACUAGAGCUGACAACCAAAGCCCUCGUGCCUGCUGGUGGCAAAGGUUCGGGCUUCUGGAGCUCGGCGAGGGGACACCUGAGAAGGUCGCAUCCUAAACUCGUACAGACCGUUUUGAAGAAGUGAUCCUUAAAACUGAUCUCCUGAAAUAAUUGCAUUCCAGUGUGAAAACCUUUGGGUCUGAUGGGCAGGAAUCGGGGACAUCAGCUCACUCGCUCUCCGUAGCUCUCCGCUGUGACAUUACCUGCACGAAGCAAAACCCGUCUGUGCUCUGAGCUGGGGGACGAUUCUGUUUUUCCUUUAUGCAGGAAGAUAUUUACGGAAGCCAUACAGGUCUCUAAAGUCCAGCACUUGCCUGACAAGUUAGUACGUGGCCUCUUUGGAAAUGGAGCUGUUUGUGUAUAUGUUGGAACAGCGUCGCCGGUGGUGUGGUGUAAUGCUGUGAACGUGUGUUUCCUUGUAGCCUGGGUAGUGGACAGCGUAGCUUUUUUGGGGGUGUUUCUUUCUGUAUGGAUUCUUUCCCUGGGGUGACACGGUCUUUUAUUCUCAGUCUGGAGGUCCUGUAGCCGUAUGGCUUCGCGUUGCACCACGUAAGCACAAGUCGGUGGCUCAAGAAUGGCCCAGCGCUGUGGCUGCACCAGCCCUGUCCUGGGAGCCAGGCAACACACGGGGUGCUGGCAGCACGUCCCCCCCAGCAGCUGGAGUCUCUUCUUGUGGAGCCCAAUGUUCUGUUCUGUAUUUUUUUCCUUACAUCGGAGAGGUUUCUGUAAGCUUGUGGGCUUGGUUCUGUAGGAGACCUGUGUUGAAUUCCUCAUGGCAUGGAGCUCGUUUUGAGCAGCAUGCAGGAAAUGUAAUUUGAAACGGUGAGCGAUGUCCUAUGGGGGUUUUCAUUUUUAACCCAAGAUCCAGCACUUGAAAAAUGACAAUCAGCCCAUAGGGCUCUUACAGCUCCGCCUGUGCUUUAGCACUGCUUGGCCUUUGCUGCCCGACACCGGUCAUCAAACAGAACCCCAACACUUCCACUGUGCUGGCAGCACGCAGAGGAGCAGGCGGUCUGCAUCUCAUCUUUGUGAGCCCAUACCCAUACUGUAGGUCUGCCUUCACAGCACGGAGCUUUCUGGUGGGUCUGGAAGGGUAAAAGCAAUGGCAUCAUCAGAUGGGAAUGGUGUGGUUUGGUAGCACAGCAAACACCAGCUUGUCAGCUCUGUGCAGGCGUGCUGGGCUUUGCUCUCCCAUCCCAGGCAUGAAAGCUCCACGCGUGUCCUGGCAUGCUGUGAUCAUUUAUCGCUGUGGGACUUUUCCACUGAUCCCAUGACAUGCUGCGGGUGUUGGUGUGCUUUGGCUUAAGGUGCUCCUACAGAGGACAGAGCUGCUUCAGACUGCAUAGAGAGAGGCCGGGCACGAAGCUGACGUGCAUCUUGGUUUUUGUUUGCUUUUCUUGCUUUUUCAGUGCUUUUUCUCACAGAUAUUUGAAGCAACUUUGUAAUGACGUGAUCUCCGCAAGCACGUGCUGUGUGAUCGGGUCGGUUAAUGUGGGAAGCAGAUGUGGCAGGAGAAAUCUCAAUACCAAAGUUAGCACAGAUGAUUUUUUUUUUUAGUUUUUAGUGGGUUUGUUUUUGUUUUUUUUCCUUCCUUUUCAACACGUUUGCACAGAGAAAACAACCCAAACGACGUGCUUCCUUCCAGCGACCGGUCCUCACUGCAAGCAGAGCAUCUCCCCCUGUGCAUCCCCUCUGGUUUUUGCCCAUUUUGGAUGUGGGGAAGUGAGAGAGACUUCAGGGCGCUGCUCUGCGGCGGUGCCGGUGCCUUACUGAGGCCACCGUGCCCUCUUUUUAUUAUUAUUUAAUUGUUUUCUUCUCGUUUUUAAUAUCGGGUUGAUAAUGGCAGUGAUGGUCUUGAUGGGGCAGGUUGGCCAUGGAGCGUUGGUGGCAGCGCCUCUGCACUGGGCAUACCAUGCCCUUCAUACCCACACUGCCUUCCCAUUGGCCUUGGCACUUCAGCCUGCUGUGGGGCCAAAGGGAUUUGGUGUGAGGGCUCCUCCUGGGAUCAUGUUUCCCAUACAGAGCUGGGAGAGGACGGUCGGACAUCAGCGCCCAUCACUUGGCUGAAGUCACUUAACUUCUAUUCCUCCGCUUUCCCAGUGGUCGACGUGACGCAGGUCUUGUGGACUCAGAUCAGUUCGACCUCCCCGUGAGGCUCCGCUGUACAUAGACCUGAUUGGAGGCGUGGUGUAUGCACACCAGUGACACACAAGCACAACCGUACGCGUGUGGCCGUGCUGUUUUCUCAGCCAUUGUGCAAGACAUUCACCGAAAGCUGCUAUUUCCCUUCACCUUGUAAUUGUACUUUAUUUUUUCUACAUUUUUACAUGUGGGGUACACACCAUGUGUUAAAUAUGCAAUAAAUUGUUUACAGGAUGCUCUUGUAAAGGGUGGUCCUUUGUAAAGCUGUACAGACUUUGCAGUUUAAGCACAAUGUGCACAUGUUAGUUUUAUAUACGGCGAGACGUGACUUUUUGCAGAGGGAAAGGUUCUACUAUGUUUAUAUACAAAGUAAAUGGAUCAAUGUUUGUGCUUCAUGUAAAGCUGCUUUAUAAGAUUGUAAAAUAAACUUCUUUUUUUUUUAUCUUAAGGUGA